AUGCGCAAUCCCCCUCACUGGUUCAAUAUCAUUGCCAACAGCUCCGAUAUACUUGUUAGCAACAUGGAGCUGAAAGCUGCAAGCAUCAAUGAUAUCAAGGUGGCCAACUCGGACGGAUGGGAUACGUAUCGUUCGGAUCGCGUUGUGAUUCAGGACUCGGUCAUAGUAAACACUGAUGACUGCGUCUCUUUUAAGCCCAACAGUACCAAUGUCGUGGUUCAAAAUCUUGACUGUACCGGUUCUCAUGGAAUCAGUGUUGGUUCGUUGGGCCAAUAUAAAGGCGAGACCGAUAUUGUCGAAAAUCUGUACAUAUACAAUAUCUCGAUGACAAAUGCAAGUGACGGCGCCCGCAUCAAGGUCUGGCCUGGCAUUGAGACUGCCUUUCAGACGCUGCUCAAUGGUGGUGGUGGGCUUGGCCACGUGCGAAAUGUGACUUACGAUAACUUUCACAAUAUCAACAACGACAAUGCCAUCACAAUCACGCAGUGCUAUGGUCAGAGCAACCAGACACUUUGUAGGGAGUAUCCGGCAAACUUAACUCUUGAGGAUAUCACGAUCAAGAACAUGUAUGGUGUUACAUCUUCUAAGAACGAUCCGCGAGCUGGAAGCUUGGUUUGCAGUGCAUCAGACGUGAGUCAAAUUACAUAA